AGGCGUCGACAGAGGCAAGCGCAGAGGUCGCUGCGUCGCAUCGAAUUUAUUAUAUUUACCUUAAAUUUUCAUUGAUUUGCGCUUUAAUUUAAUUUCAAUUUGCAUCACAAACCGCGCGUUGUCAUCGCUGAUUCUACAUAAUGAGUGAAGUUUAGUGAAAAAUCGUCCAAAAGCCCCCAACAUUGAGGCGAAAAUUUCGGAAAACUUCAUACACACGCGCACACAUCUCGCGCACAUAUACAGGCACCGUAAUGUCGACAGGACUUGGGGUUGUUUAUGUGGAUACCAAAAGCAAUCGAAACUGGAGGAUAGUUGGGGCUGCUAGGCGAGAUGUAGUUGUUGUUUUUCUUAUUUUAGUGCUUUGCGAGUUUUUGUUUACAAGCGGGACAUUCGCAACUUCAUUAAAUGCCAUUGAGGAGCCGGCGCGGCGGCAUCACCAAAGACAUCAUGUUGAUCAUGAGCGGGAGAGGGAACGGGAGCCCCACGAGGAGAAGGGCUACUGUGCACCUUACAACGGAAAAGUGUGUACCGGAUACAUAAGCGGACAGGUGUGGUAUAGCUUGGAAGAUUCUCAUGGGGGCUGGAAGAAUGAGCAGGUAACGACGGCUUUGUGGGAGGAACUCAUAUCCGAUCUGACGGGACUAUGUCGAGAGGCAGCAGAGAAAAUGCUCUGCGCCUACGCCUUUCCCCGCUGCCACAUGGAAAAUGGGCGAGCUAUCAAAGCGCCUCUUUGCUACGAGGACUGCACUGCGACGCAUUUGCAAUUCUGCUACAACGAUUGGGUGCUGAUCGAGGAGAAAAAAGAACGUAACAUGUACAUAAAAAGUCGCGGCCACUUCCGUUUACCCAACUGCUCAGCCCUGCCUUACUAUAAUGCGACGCUGAAACGACCCAAUUGCUCGUACAUUGGCCUUACAGAGCUUAAGGAGGAGGAAAUAAGUUACGACUGUCGGAAUGGCAAUGGGCGUUUCUAUCUGGGCAAUGUGAAUGUCACUAAAUCGGGCAUACCUUGCCAACGCUGGGAUACCCAAAAUCCCCACAAGCACAUACAACCGCCCUUGGUAUUUCCACAGCUGCUAGAUGGUGAGAACUAUUGCCGGAACGCAGGCGGCGAGGAACCGUAUCCCUGGUGCUAUACUGUAGACGAAUCGGUCCGUUGGCAGCACUGCGACAUUCCGCUUUGCCCCGAUUAUGUAGAUCCGCAUGCGAAGGACCUUAACACGCCGAUCAAAAUGGAAACAUUCUUUACACCCUCCAUGAUAUUCGUGCUAGCCGGGAUUGGAUUCGUGGGCAUCGUGAUUCUACAUUUGAUGAUUUUACUGGUCUAUAAAUUAUCGAAGCGCAAGAACUAUUCACAGCCCCCGACACAAUCGCAAGCCGAAUGCAAUGUCUCUCAACGCGGGGAAUGCAAUUUGACCGCCAGCCGUGAGACCCUGGGCUCAAAUGCCUUCGUCAAUGCAAAAUGUGGUACCAUACGCAGCACGGCGACCAUUCAUAGUCAUUGCGUGGUUGUUACGGCUACAACGGAUCCGAAGACGAAGCUGAAUGCACGGCUAGAAAAACUCGAGUAUCCACGUGGAGAGAUUGUUUACGUGCAAUCUUUGGGUCAAGGAGCGUUCGGACGAGUUUUCAAGGCGAAGGCUCCAGGCUUAGUUUCGGGCAAUCCCGAUCUGCACGUGGCUGUAAAAAUGCUGAAGGACGAUGCCAGCGACCAAAUGCAAAUGGACUUCGAACGCGAGGCUUGUCUGCUGGCCGAAUUCGAUCAUCCGAAUAUUGUCAAGUUGUUGGGCGUUUGUGCACUUGGUAGGCCAAUGUGUCUGCUCUUCGAGUUCAUGUCGCCGGGGGACUUGAGCGAGUUUCUACGCUCCUGCUCGCCCUAUGCCACACAUCGGGUGCAGCCAGUCGACCGGCUAGAACUGACGGAGCUCAAUCUGUUGCAGAUGGCUGCACACAUUGCAGCUGGCAUGCUUUAUCUGUCUGAGCGUAAGUUCGUGCAUCGCGAUCUGGCUACUCGGAAUUGUCUGAUUAACGAGCAAAUGAAUGUGAAGAUAGCCGACUUCGGACUCUCGCACAAAAUCUAUCUGCAAGACUAUUACAAGGGCGAUGAGAACGAUGUUAUUCCAAUAAGAUGGAUGCCGCUCGAGAGCAUUUUGUACAACAAAUUCUCACUGGAAUCCGAUGUUUGGGCCUAUGGAAUUUGUCUGUGGGAAAUUUUCUCAUUUGCGCUGCAGCCAUACUUUGGUAUGACCCACGAGGAGGUCAUUAAGUUUAUCAAGGAGGGCAAUGUGCUCAGUUGCCCCGAUAAUACACCACUUUCGGUAUAUGCACUAAUGCGUCGCUGCUGGAAUCGCAAGCCAAGCGAACGUCCGGGCUUUGCGGAGAUUAAUCAUUGUGUGCAGCACAGCAUUGCCGAGCUUGAGUGCAAGGCAAUGCUCUAGAAUUCCGUCGAUGGACACGAACAUGUCCACAGAUAAGCAUUUACAAAUCAAAUCGAAAUAACUCCGUCGUGUUUCAGCCAUUUUAAAUGAAUCAUAAUGCUCGCUCAAUGUCUUCCUGAGCAUUUACUCGUACAUACCGAUAUACAUAUGUAUAUUUCCCAUAUAUUUAUUACAUGAUAUUACUUGAUAUACUUUCCACAACGAACGAACUUGCCAUCAAGUCAUCCAUUUUAACUGAUGUACUCAUCUGUAGUCCGUAGACAACUGAAGGCGAUAUUUAUACAUACUAUGUAAACUAUUAUUCGAUAAUUAUGUAGAUUGCAUUCCCAUGAGUUUUUACUAGCAUUAAGUGAUCGAUCCGGCGAAGCGGUGGGCCGGUUUGAUAUUCAAACGACACCCUCUCUUAGAAUGGAACGAAGCACAACACCGAAGACCAUCAAAACAAUAAGGAAUAUUAAAUAUUUAGAGAACUUUCUACAGCAUAAUUUUCUUAAGACACUGAAACUUGUAACGAAAAUGUUUACACACUUGUAUAAUAAAUUGUACUUAAUCCAAUUAAGAAACUUA